AAUUUCCAGCAGUCGUCUUUACUACUUUCCCAGGCAACGGCUUCUUUGCCUGGACUGAACCCAUCAAAAAAACAAGAUUAAAAUUUAUCUUAGGUAUCCUCUAUUAAGUCUCCGACUCCAAAAAGAAAUCAACAGUUUCGAGCCAUUCCAUGGUUGAAUCUAAAACACGAAACUGAAACCCUAGAUCGAUCUUCAGCUCGAUUUCUUCGACUAUCGUCAACAAAACCAGCACUCGGAAGGUGGACUGCCGAGCGCGGAUUGGGUUGUUUGGGAAUCCAAUAAUAAGGACAAGAUCAAUGCACCUCAUUAUCAUUAUCUAUAAGAAAAUGAACUUUUGACCUUGAAAUAAAGUUUCACCUACAUUGCUUGAUAGGGAGAGAAUCAAGCAUUGUGAUACUAUGCAGCAUCUAUCCACCACUAUCGAGGAACAGCUUCUUUUAAAAGCAAUUAGAGAAGAAUGCCAUUGGGACAGUCUACCAAAACGGCUUCAAGCAACCUUGUCUUCUAAAGAUGAAUGGCAUAAAAAAGUAAUGGACCAUUGCAUAAGAAAGCGACUCCAAUGGAACACUUGCUUUGCUCGCAAAGUGUGCAAGGAAGGCGAAUAUUAUGAAGAAAUGAUGCGUUAUUUGCGAAAGAAUCUAGCUUUGUUCCCCUAUCACCUUGCAGACUAUGUUUGUCGUGUAAUGAGGGUGUCCCCUUUCAGAUACUAUUGCGAUAUGAUCUUUGAGGUUAUGAGAAAUGAGCAACCUUAUGACAGCAUCCCAAAUUUUAGUGCUGCGGAUGCCUUAAGGCUCACUGGAGUGGGAAGAAACGAGUUCAUUGAUAUCAUGAACAAAUGCAGGUCUAAGAAAAUCAUGUGGAAGCUGAAUAAGUCAAUUGCGAAAGAAUUGCUCCCUACCCAGCCUGUAGAUUUUGCAGUUGAACCUUGGUGGGGAGUCUGCCUGGUUAACUUUACUUUGGAAGAAUUUAAGAAACUCAGCGAAGAAGAAAUGGCCACAAUAGACAAAGUUUGUAAGGAGGAAGCAAAUGCGUUUGUUCUCUUUGAUUCUGAAAUCAUAAGGGGUCUUUUCAGACGAGGAUUGAUCUAUUUUGACGUUCCCGUGUACCCAGAUGAUAGGUUCAAAGUUUCCAGGCUAGAAGGUUUUGUUUCCAACAGGGAGCAGUCUUAUGAAGACCCGAUCGAGGAGCUAUUGUAUGCUGUUUUUGUCGUGUCAAGUGAGAAUGCAACUGUUGCUGAAUUGGCUGCUACUUUACAAGCUGACCUUUCCCAGCUGCAGGCUGCGGCAUCUUUUGCUUCUCGACUGGGUUGGGCAGUAAAAGUGAUUGAUCCAGCAUCGGUUCUUCAGGAUUCAACCAUUCCUGGCACGCCUACUACAAUCCCCAGUGACGAUGAAGAUGGAUCCCAUGCUAGCAUGAGUUCAGCCAACAUGUCCAUGGAUGGUACUAUGCAGCCCGGAGAUGCCUUGCUUGCAAACUCUAAGGCAGCUUCUGGUCCUGCUCGUGUUGCUUUUGUUGUUGAUGCUAAUAUAACAUCAUAUCUCAUGAUGGGUUCUGUGUCACCAGGCUUGAAAUCACAUGCUGUGACAUUAUACGAAGCGGGAAAACUAGGUCAUACUAGCAUUGCUGACCUUUGCAAGGAUCUGACAACACUAGAGGGCACGAAGUUCGAGGGAGAACUGCAGGAAUUCGCCAACCAUGCUUAUAGCCUUCGAUGUGUUCUGGAGUGUCUGCUAUCCGGCGGGGUAGAGAAAAAUGAGAAUGUUGAAGAACUUAUUGAUAAGCUUGAGACUGGAUCUUCAACUCUUGAGCCUCCAUCGUCAACUCUUGAGACUCCAUCGCCAACUCUUGAGACUCAGCUUGAGGACACAGUACCUCUUGUAGCUGAUCUCAAUAUAGCAGAGGAACCUGUUGAACCUGUCAAAAAUGAAGGCAAUGCAGCUGAUGAUGAUGAGGUUCUAGAUUCAGUCGUUUCUGAGACCCCUCAGGAUGUUUCUAUUCCGAUCGAAUCUGUUACAGAAGGUAAUUUUGUUGAAAAUAGUACUGGCUUGAACGAAGAUGCGAUUCCAGAGAUUAGUAACCUUACUGAUGGGAAUGCUACACCAGUUGAUGGUUCAGUUUCUGGAAAAGGAAACUCGAGGAGGAAAAAGAAAUAUUGUGUUGACAUUCUUCGUUGCGAAAGCUUGGCUUCACUUGCACCUGCAACGUUAGACCGGUUGUUUCUUCGUGACUAUAAUAUUGUUGUUUCAAUGGUUCCUCUUCCUCCUUCAUCUGUUUUACCGGGACCAGGAGGGCCCAUUCACUUUGGUCCACCCUCUUAUUCAUCUAUGACACCUUGGAUGAAGCUUGCAUUCUAUUCAGCUGUAGCAAGUGGGCCUCUAUCAGUUGUUUUGAUGAAAGGGCAAUGUCUGCGCUUGCUUCCUGCACCGUUAGCAGGUUGUGAGAAAGCACUUAUAUGGUCUUGGGAUGGGUCUUCGGUUGGAGGAUUAGGAGGCAAGUUUGAAGGGAAUUUGGUCAACGGAAACAUGCUUCUACAUUGCUUGAACUCACUUCUCAAAUGCUCCGCAGUGCUAGUGCAGCCUUUCAGCAAGUAUGAUCUUGACAAAACUGGAAAGACCAUUACUCUGGAUAUUCCUUUACCCUUGAAAAACGCCGAUGGUUCUGUUGCUCCGAUGGGGAAGGAGAUGGGACUAUCUGAAGAGGAAAGUUCAAGCUUACACACACUGUUAGCUUAUCUAACAAACAAGAUAGAUUUAUGGGCAGUAGGCUAUAUGCGUGUGAUAAAGCUUUACAAAGAAAGGGAAGAACACUUUUCACUUGAUGAUGAAAAGUAUGAAUGGGUUCCACUAAGUGUUGAAUUUGGUGUUCCACUUUUUAGUCCGAAGUUAUGCAAUGCUAUUUGUAAAAGACUCGUUUCAUCACAAUUACUUCAAGCUGUUUCACUGACUGAGCAUCAUGAUGCGAUGCAAAGUUUAAGAAAAAAGUUGCGUGAUAUUUGUGCAGAAUAUCAAGCAACAGGGCCUACUGCAAAACUUCUUUACCAGAGAGAACAAGCAAAGGAACCAGCUCCCCAGCUUAUAAACUACGCUAGUGGAAGGUGGAAUCCAUAUUUAGAUCCUUCUUCUCCAAUCUCUGGGGCCUCAAGUGAACAUCAGAGGCUAAAACUUGCGAGUCGUCAACGUUGUCGGACUGAAGUGUUAAGUUUUGAUGGAAGCAUUCUCAGGUCGUAUGCUCUUACUCCUGUUUAUGAGGCUGCCACAAGGCCCAUCAUAGAGUCACCAAAACCAGCAGUAAGUGCAACGAAAGCGGAACCAGACGAUGCUGAUAAUAAAGAAGUAGUCCUUCCAGGCGUGAAUCUUAUUUUUGAUGGGUCUCAGUUACUUCCCUUUGAGAUAGGGGCUUGUCUUCAGGCCCGUCAACCUAUCUCAUUAAUAGCAGAGGCUUCAUCAGCUUCUGCAACUCUUCCACUAAACAGGGCACUAUGACCAAAUUUCUGUGGGUUGUCUAGACCUAGACCUAGAUGUGAAGAGGUCGGUUUGUUGUUAACCAAAUAGCACUCUUCUUUCUGCCAGUCCCACUCAUAUUAUUUUUGUUUGGAUCUUCCACAGUAUCCUGGAAGAUCGCUCAUUGUAUGAAGCAGAUGUUAAAGCUUAAGGUGGCUGGAGCUGGCUCAAUUCUUUGUCAAACUGUGGUAGUCGUAGGAUAUAAAUUCAUAAUAUGUAAAAAUGAAAAACCUGGAGUAAGAGUUUCCUGCCGAAACUCAUGGGGAUACCAAGAAUGUGAUUUGUUAGUAAUACAGAAACUAAUCCAUAGAAAGCUGAUUUGCCAUUUUGCAUAUCCAACAUGGCUUUAGAGUACGUUUCACAUGCAUUGCUGAUCAUAUCACAUGCAUUGCUGUUUAUAUCUUUUUGUUCACGUCCUUGUCAAAAAAUUAUGUCUUUCUGUAAGGUUUAAAUCUUUUUGUUAGUAAUACGGAAACUCACCCACCCCAUUUAACUC